GUCGCAUGAUCGAGAUUAUCGAAAUUCGAGAGUUCAAAGAUAUCGAACACGUGCCCUGCGCAGACUUUCAACUCGUCAGCCGCGUUCGUCUCGACCCUAGCUUUUCCGGCGCUACAACUUCUUCCGGUUAAUGUCGCGGUACUCUGCUGUUGUCGGAGACAAGACAGCAACUCCCAAAUAUGAAGUUUAAUAGCUUGGUCUCCUCGUCGCGCAGGAAAAAUCGCAAAAGGCAUUUUACUGCCCCCUCUCACAUCAGAAGGCGGCUCAUGAGCGCACCCCUUUCCAAGGAACUGCGACAAAAGUACAAUGUACGCUCCAUGCCCAUCCGUAAGGAUGAUGAAGUUCAGGUUGUUCGCGGCCACUAUAAGGGGCAACAAGUCGGUAAAGUGGUUCAGGUAUACAGAAAAAAGUUUGUUGUAUAUGUUGAACGAAUUCAGAGGGAGAAAGCCAACGGAGCUAGCGUGUAUGUCGGCAUCGACCCCUCCAAGACGGUAAUUGUUAAGUUGAAAAUGGACAAGGAUCGCAAGAAGAUCAUUGACAGAAGGAGUAAGGGCCGCCUUGCUGCUCUGGGCAAGGACAAGGGCAAAUACACUGAGGACACCACUGCAGCAAUGGAGACUUCAUAAGCUGUAAAAAAUUUACAAAUUUAUGUACCACAAUAAAAGCCGAAAAACCUCAA